AUGUGUCCUGCAUGCUGCAAAGCUCACCGAAGCAGCAGUUUUAUGUACAGGCAGCUCAGAAAGAUGCAUGUGAAAGCAAUUAAAAUGCGGUGGCUCACAGGGGGCGUCAACUACAGCUAUCUCGUCUCCACCCAGGAUAAAAAGGCCUCGUGGCUAAUUGACCCAGCAGAGGCGCUCGAGGUACUCCCAGCGUUGAGUCAUGAUGAGAAACAGUCGAUCCGUGCGAUUGUGAACACACAUCACCACUACGACCACGCCGGCGGAAAUUUGGCCAUAAGAGCGGCUCUAAAACGCGAGGGUGUUGCAGUGCCGGUGAUUGCGGGCUCCACCACCUCGCCGGUAAGCACCGAUAUCCCAGAGCACCUGCAAAAGUACACGCUCGGCGACUCCGUCGAGGUGCUCUGUAUCCGCACGCCCUGCCAUACACAGGAUUCGAUAUGCUACUUUAUGCGGGACACAAAAACCGGGCAGCAAGCCCUCUUCACCGGCGACACGUUGUUCACGGCGGGAUGUGGCCGGUUCUUCGAGGGCACUGCUGAGGAGAUGGACGCUGCACUCAACAGCCGUCUACUAGAGCAUGUGCAGGACCAUGCUGCUACCAAAGUCUACCCCGGCCACGAGUACACCAAGGGCAAUGUGCACUUUAUCCGCUCGGCUAUCUACAUGUCGGAGGGGGAUAACCCCGCUUUUGAUCGCUUGGAGAGCUUCGCAAACGCGAAUGCGGUUACUACGGGGCAAUUUACGCUACAGGACGAAACGGAGUAUAACCCCUUCAUGCGCCUCGACGACCCCACGAUCCGAAGACGCGUCGGCGACCUGCACCGGACGUGGGCCAGAGCCGAUGUGAUGGCCAAGCUGCGCUCCAUGAAGAACACUAUGUAG